GAGCUUUGUGUUCUCUUCUUCUCGCUCUCUCUGGUGCUCUGCCCUGUCCAUUGUUGCGAUUUUGUGAAGAUCACAGAUCGCAUUCUUUCUUUAUACAUAUACCCAUUUGUUUCUUCUGUAGAACCCUGCAAUCACUUGAUCACAGAUGGCAACACAAGCUGCUGCUGCUCUUCCGAGUGCCCAAGUCGUUGGAAAUGCCUUUGUCGAUCAGUACUAUCAUAUUCUUCACCAAUCUCCGGAACUUGUUUUUAAUUUUUAUCAAGAGGCGAGUAUUUUGAGUAGGCCAGAUGUAAAUGGUGUGAUGACUACAGUAACAAACCUUCAAGCCAUUAAUGAGAAGAUCAUUUCCUUGAACUGUAACAACUAUAGGGCAGAGAUAAACAAUGCUGAUGCUCAAGAUUCCUACAACAAUGGUGUGUUUGUUCAGGUUACAGGUUCCUUGACGGGAAAGGAUAAUGUUAGUAGGAAAUUUGCCCAGAGUUUCUUCCUCGCUCCACAGGAGAAAGGCUAUUUUGUUCUUAAUGAUAUCUUUAGGUAUGUUGAGGAUGAUGAACAGAUCGAAACUUAUCCUAUGCCUGUUAGCAGUAUGGAUGACAAUGCUAUCAAAGUUCCUUUGACCCCAAAUCAAGACCCCAUUCCUGUGGAAGACCAUCCAGGUGUAGAACCUGAUGGACUUGUGAAUGAUGAUAGAAUUAGUGAGGCAGAGGUUUAUGAUCCUUCUGAUCAUGAUGAUGCUGGAUCUGUUAUUGAAGAGGAACCUCAAACACAUUUAAGUCAGAAUGAAAGUGAUUUAGCAAUUGAUUCAGACCUCUCUGCAGCUCAAGAAGAGAAAAAGUCAUAUGCAUCAAUUGUUAAGGUAUCGAGAGUUACUAAAAAUGUGACCCCAGCUCGUGUUGCAACAAAUAAAGUGUAUUCGGUUCCUUCAAAUACUACUAAGGAAUCACCUACUCCUGUAAAACCUUCUCCCGCGAAACCUUCUCCUGUACCAGAAGCGACGGUGCCCACAAUUGACAACGCUGGCAACAGCAAUAAUGUCCAAGAAGAAGGUGUUGAAGUUGAAGGGCACUCCAUAUACGUAAGGAAUUUACCUCUAAAUGCGACUCUCUUCAUGCUUGAGGAGGAGUUCAAAAGGUUUGGUCUAAUUAAGCAUGAUGGUAUUCAAGUCAGAAGCAACAAGCUUCAAGGAUUCUGCUUUGGCUUUGUUGAAUUUGAAUCAAUGGUUUCUAUGAAAAAUGCAAUCGACGCAUCGCCUCUGCCAAUUGGGAACCGUCAAGCAGUUGUCGAGGAAAAGAAAACCACAACACGAGUCAGUAGCGGGGGAAGAGGAAAGUACAAUAAUUCUGGGAGAGCUGGAUUUAGAAACGAUGGUUUUAGAGGUCGUGGUGCUUAUGGUGGAGGCAGGGGAUAUGGAGGUCGUGGUGAUUUUCGAAACCAAGGAGAGUUUUCGGGUCGAUCUAGGGGCGGUCCUGCAGGAAGAAACGUAGAAGCUUAUCAACGAGUUGAGCGAGUCUCGAAUGGAACUGGUGGUGGACAGAAUGGGGUGAAUAGGAAUGCUUCUGCUGCUGCUGCUGUUUCUGGGUGAAUAUUGUUUGGGUAGUCAGAUAAUUUCUAAUGGUUAAAAUUACCUUUUUGGUUUUUGUCACUUAUUUUCUUUACUACUAAUUUCUCUACUAGGUUAACACUCUAAUUUAUGAUGGCAAAGCCUGUAAAAGCAUGAAGUAUUCUACACAAUUUUCAUGCUGGGUGCAUUGCCAUAAAUCAAUUUUAUUUUAGCUAGGAAUUGUUGUUAGCAUGAUAUUUCAGAUUUUUUUUUCACAAUUUUAUACCUUUUGAAUGUGUAGUUUUAACUCACAAUUCAGUUUCUUAAGUUUGUGAGUCAACAAUAU